AUGCAGGAAGGUGUAAUGGCUUCAUCAGACGAUGGGUACGCUGACCCCUUUGCUGGCAUACAUGAGCCAUUUGCUGGCUUCAGUGAAAUGGAUUUUGAACUCCACGACAUUUACAUGGACCACGAACCAGAGGAAGAAUUUGUGUCCUCACUUGAUAAAUGUAAGGAUAUAUUCCUAAAUGUUCUAUUAAGUGAUGAAAACCUACGAAAUUCUAGUAUGGCAGAUGAAAUCAGAGCACAAGUGUACCAUGCUACCGAUUGGCAGAGUGAUGAAGAUGAACAGGAGGUAUUGAAAAACAACUAUAGAAUUCAUGACCCAACCAUCAAGUGGGACAAGAUGGUACCAAAGCUUGGUGACAUCUUUGAAUCCCCUACCCAACUGAAGUUUUGUGUCACCAAUUAUGCAGUCUCACAUGGCUAUAGAAUAUACUUUGAAAAAUGUGAUAGUAAAAGAAUUGUAGCUAGAUGUGGCAAUAGGAAGGAAGAGAAUAAAUGCCCUUUCAGAAUUUAUGCUACAUGGAUGUACAAAGAAAGAUCUUUUCAGAUCAAAGCUAUGAAUGGUGACCAUAAAUGUUCGAGGCAGUUUAAGUUUGGAUCCAUUGUGUCCCCUGAAUGGAUUGGAAGACAUUAUGUGACUGAAAUUGCAAAUAAGCCAAAGAUGAAACUUCAGGAAAUGAUUGAUGACAUCAGACAAAGGUAUAGGUGUGUGGUAUCUAUAGGACAGGUUAGAAGGGAAAGGAAAUGGGCCAAAAAUUUAAUAGAAGGUAAACUCACUGAGCAUUAUGCAAGGAUAUGUGAUUAUGCCCAUGAAUUGUUAAGGUUUGCUCACAUGAUUAAGGAAAGCACUAAAUGGAAUACCCGUAUAUGUCCAGCAGUGUUAAAGAAGAUGAAGCUUUUUGGGAAGAACAUGAGGUUUUGGUUAAUAAUUCAUAGUCAACAACAUGUGUUUGAAGCAAGGAGAGGAUGUGAUAGCUACAUGGUGGAUUUAGAUGGAAAGCAUUGUACCUGCAGGUUAUGGGAUCUGGCUGGGAUCCCAUGUGUUCAAGUCAUUGCAACUAUCAACUAUAUCCAUCAAACACCUGAUGAGUAUAUUGAUGACAUGUUUUCCAAGGAACAAUUCCUUAAGUGUUACUCUGCUAACAUUAGUCCAGUAAAUGGUUCAAAUCUAUGGCCUCAAACUGAAUUCAUAAAGCCAUUGCCACUAGUGUCAAGGAGAAUGCCUGGUAGGCCAAAGGUCAAUAGAAGAAGACAUGUAACUGAAAAUGAUGGAAGAGUACACACCCCAAGAACUGUAAGGUGUGGUAAGUGCUUUGAGUAUGGCCAUAACCAGAAGGGAUGCAAGAAUGCAACCAGGGAACCUGUCCCUAUGCCACCAAAGAAGAAAGGAAGGCCAAGGAAGGAACAAUGUGAACCCAGUCAAGCAGCAUGUGAUAGGUCUGAGAGGCAGGAACCUGUCCCUAUGCCACCAAAGAAGAAAGGAAGGCCUAGGAAGGAACAAUUUGAACCCAGUCAAGCAUCAUGUGAUAGGUCUUACAGGUAUUGA